AUGUACAGGCUCACGGUUAAAAACGUUCCACGCCGAAUGUUUUCGGUUUCCCUCAGCCGGCCAGCUGCCCGUUUUAACUGGGAAGAUGCUCUCAACCUGCGCUCCGCCUUGUCUGAGGAUGAAAUCUCAAUUGCCGACACUGCCCACGAUUUCUGUCAGGAAGUUUUGCAACCCAAGGUGAUCGAGGGCUAUCGAACUGAAGAGUUCGAUAGAAACAUCAUGCAGGAGAUUGGAGCAGUUGGUUUGCUCGGACCCACUAUUGACGGUUAUGGUUGUGCUGGGGCGAACAAUGUAUCCUACGGUCUGAUUGCUCGCGAGGUUGAGCGAGUUGAUUCUGGUUAUCGUUCUGCUAUGAGUGUUCAAUCCUCUCUUGUUAUGCACCCCAUCAAUGUUUUUGGAACUCAGGAACAAAAAGAUCGUUUCCUCCCUAAAUUGGCCACUGGAGAAAUGAUCGGUUGCUUCGGUCUCACUGAGCCCAACCACGGCUCUGAUCCUGGCUCCAUGGAGACUGUCGCUAAACCUCAUCCUACCAAAAAGGGUGUAUUUGUUCUCAAUGGUGCCAAAACGUGGAUCACUAAUGCACCUAUCGCAGACUUGUUUGUUGUCUGGGCCAAGCUCGACGGAAAGAUUCGCGGGUUCUUGGUCGAGCGAUCUCAAGUCCCCGAGGGCUCUCUGGCUACACCUGCUAUCAAAAAUAAAACCGCUCUUCGUGCAAGUAUCACCGGUAUGAUUCAAAUGGAUGGUGUGGAGAUCCCCGAGGAAAAUAUGUUUCCCGAAAUCAGCGGUCUUAAAGGUCCGUUCACAUGUUUGAACAGUGCACGAUUCGGAAUUGCUUGGGGUACGAUGGGUGCCCUAGAGGAGUCUAUUCGUUUAGCUCGCAAUUACUCUCUUGAACGAAAGCAAUUCGGAAACCCUCUAGCUAAGUACCAACUCAUUCAAAUGAAGUUGGCUAAUGCUUUAACUGAUGCUAACUAUGGACUUCUUGCAUGUUUGCAGGUCGGACGUUUGAAAGAUGCCGGUGAGGAGGCCCCCGAGAUGAUCUCCAUGAUCAAGCGCCAGAACUGCGACAGGGCUCUGCAAAACUCCCGCGCUUUGAUGGAAGUAUUCGGAGGUAAUGCUGCAAGUGACGAGUACAAUAUUACCAGAAUCGCGCACAACUUGCAGGUCGUUCAAACCUAUGAGGGCCAAAGUGACAUUCACGCUAUGAUUCUAGGUCGUGCUAUGACCGGUGAAUCAGCUUUUUUCUAA